AUGACAAAUCGAAUUGCGACAAAAUUGGCAUUCCGUAAUUUACGAUCAAAGACACAGGUUCAUCAUUUACAACGGCGCCAAACUGACCGUGACAUUGAGGACACACGUGAUAGCCAGAGAAAUGCUCUGACUCAAGUUCUCCGGCCACUUUUCUUGUGCAUGACUUUAAGUGGGACAUUUGACCACUGGAAAAUUCAAGCUGGCCAUGUAUCUAGCAGAACAUUGAUGUCAAAGUGUUUAAAAUGCUACCGCAUAACGAUGUUAGUACUGUAUAUUGUAAACGCUUGUCGGUAUUUCCCAACCUAUCUUAGUAUUUCUUCCUUCGGCCCCGAUUUACUCACAAAACUGAUGGUACACCUCUGGUAUCUACUGUGCAUUCUUAAUGGAUACGCUUGUUACAAAAUGGUGGAAGAUCCUAAGAGACUAACACUUCUACUAGAACUAUUUAACGUUUAUCACGACCGAUUUGAAAACGAGGUAGAAAAUUUUUCUGUUGUUUCUAAAGUUGGAAAGAUCACAUCGAUUAGUAUGGUGUUGGGGUGGUUUUUCAAUAUUGGGAAUGUUGUAUUUGCGGGUUACAUGUUAUAUACGUCAAAUAUAUUUGACAAUUUCAUAGCCCCGUUUACAAACACUAAUCCCAUGUCUAAUCUAAUUAAAGCUCUGUAUUUAGUGAUACAUUUAUUUCUCUCGUGUACUUGGAUAUUCACGUGCAUUGCCACAAUGAUUUUUUCUUUAACUCUAUAUUUUCUCUUCAAACAAUUCGUACGUACGAUCGAAAAACUCAAAUCUCAGCCAGCACAGGAAGUGUAUCAUCUUCUGGAGAGAUACCGGAAGCAGCACAAUGCUCUGUGUGAUAUGAUAGAUGUAGCAGACGACACUUUCAGUUUGUACGUGGCCUUCAGCCUGACUGUCUCCAUGUUGCUCGCCUUGAUGCUUCUGUACAACAUCUGUUGGUACAACAGUAUUCGGUCGGAUCCAGGACAGCUUAUCUCCCACAUCUUCUGGUUGAUGGCUGUCCUGACAAAUCUGGGCGCUGUCGCCAUAUCCACGGGAAUGAUCAACCACUCGGCACACGAACCUCUGCGCACCAUCUAUAAUAUGUCUCUGACUGGUGUCACAGCUGAUUUCUCCGUACAGGUAAAUGUAUUUCUACAAAGGCUGAACGGGGCUCCUAUAGGGUUAUCGGCAUUCAAGUUAGUCAUGAUGGAUAAACACACCUUUAUACAGAUUGGCGGUGUCCUAGCCACUUAUUUUGUUGUACUGCUGCAGUUCCAGCAGUAG